AUGGCAGCGGCUAUUGCGAGCUCCCUGAUUCGGCAGAAACGCCAGGCUCGGGAGCACCACCUGGACAGACCCAUGGUCACCAAGCGCAUUAACAGUCCUCACAAAAACAAAGGGAUCUGCAAUGGGAAUCUGGUAGAUAUCUUCUCGAAAGUCAGGAUCUUCGGGAUGAAGAAGAGGAGGCUAAGGAGACCAGAUUCUCAGCUCAAGGGUAUAGUGACCAGGUUAUAUUGCAGGCAAGGCUUCUACUUGCAGAUGAACUCUGAUGGAGCUGUUGAUGGAACAAAAGAUGACAGCAGUAAUUCCACAUUGUUCAACCUUGUGCCAGUGGGACUCCGUGUCGUUGCAAUUCAGGGCGUGAAGACAGGGCUGUACGUGGCCAUGAAUGGUGAAGGAUACCUUUAUACAUCAGAACUUUUUACACCUGAAUGCAAGUUUAAGGAAUCAGUGUAUGAGAACUACUAUGUGAUCUAUUCAUCAAUGCUCUACAGACAGCAGGAAUCUGGCAGAGCUUGGUAUCUGGGUUUCAACAAAGAUGGCCAAAUCAUGAAGGGAAAUCGCGUGAAGAAAACCAAACCAGCAUCUCAUUUCCUGCCCAAACCAUUGGAAGUUGCCAUGUACCGAGAGCCAUCACUGCACGACAUUGGUGAAACCGUACCGAAAAAUGCAGCCACCCCCAGCAAAAGCACAAGUACUUCUGCAAUAAUGAAUGGAGGAAAGCAAGUGAAAAAGAACAAGUCAACAUAGCCAGCCAGAUCUUGGUGAGGACGUGAAUUCCUAAACCAUUACACUGUUGUGUGAUUUAUCCCUGGCAGACUCUCUCCUUCUAAUGUC